UCAUUCAUGUGAAGUUUGUACUAUUAUUGCUUUUUCACUUUCUGUAAAUAAUCUAGAUAACUAUGCAAUCGUUCAGUAUUCGGCACCUAAUCUUGAUUGUUUACGUAUUUCAAAUUUUAUUUAAUGGAACGUACUCCAAACUCAAUCUCAAAUAUACAAUUCUAAGGCAAAAGCAAGCGCCUGCGCCACAAAAUAUUACUUUGGUUUAUCAACAAAGAAUCAAAUAUGAUGCCCAGAAGACCAUGCGAGUUAUUUUCUAUAAGAACAACACCAAAACUCUGGAGUCUUCAGCUUAUGACGACACUUAUGACCUCAAUGGAUCAGGUUGUUCAGCAUCAGAAAAAUUUGCCAUAGUUUUACAUGGCUGGAUUCAAAGUUGCUCGGACGAGUGGGCAUUAUCCCUAAUUGAAAGGCUCAGUUAUUACCGGGGCGGUUGUGUGAUAUGCAUUGACUAUAGUGUGGUAGCUAGUUCCUCAUAUAUGCGAUUAUACACAAACUUUGACACCCUGACUAGAGCCAUAUCUUCCAUUAUUUUAACGCUGUUUAAGCAGGGAUUCGAGCCAAAGAAAGGUUAUAUGUUUGGGUUUAGCUUCGGUGGACAACUCGCUUCAGCAGUUGGAAGAUCUUUAUGGCCCAAAUAUAUAAUCGAAAGCAUAGACACGUGUGAUAUGGCCGGUCCCGGAUUCGAUCCCAUCGCAGUGGAUCACUCAAAGGCAGGCAAACAUGUCCAGUGCUUUCAUUCGAGCCGCGACAAAGGCACCUUUGUAUACUCCUGCCACCGAAACAUAAUGCUUGGCAGCUGUGGCCUCAAGCAGCCCUCAGUGGCCAGUCAGCUUCACUUAGGAAGUCACGGUCUUUGUGUUGAUAUAUACAUAAACACCUUUGACUAUCCCUUCUACGCCCUUAACUCAACUCCUCCAGAGUGCUUCACUUGGCAUAAGGCAGCCAAGAUACCGGAGGGCUAUACAGUGGGUUACGAGGAAAAUUUUGACUCUCAGGUCACAGGGCAAAUCUUUGUGCCAACUAGUCUGCACUAUCCAUACAACUUGUCCAAAAAGCAGCUUAAAUUGCUGUCUUAAAAUAUAGAUUAGCGUUGCAUUCAUUUUUGUCUGUUUAAGUAGACCAAUAAUAUUUACCAAUUUAAAUAAUAGUUUUGUUUUGAAUUUAUAAGAAAA